GGGUGCCUUGACUUAUUACAGUGCUUGUUCCUGGUUCUAAGUAUUGUGAGAUACAAUAAUCAAUGCGUUUGAGAUGAUCUUCUGUAUUAUUAUCAAUGAAAUUGAGCUGCAGAUUACUUGGAAAUACUGUCUUCUGUAUAAGCAGAGACUUUGUACAGCCUUGAGAAUUUUCCUGUUUUGACCCAAAUCGAAAAACUAAUGCGGAACAACUACAAAAACCUAUGACAAAACAACUGGAGCAGUUAGCCAACGUUGACAUCCGCGAUUAUUCCACUCACAUACGCUCUGGAAUCAUCAGCAACUCAAUACUGGUAGAGUGGCGACAACUUAUUAAACCCACUUGGUUUAUAAACAGCAAGACCUAGAAAUUGAAACAUAUUACAACAACAAGACAAUAUUGCCUUCAUUACUUUACGUUAAGGUUUUGAAAUGGUUGACACUUAUUCAGUGGCAAUUUUAUUUACGUGUAAUACAGAUGAAUAACAGAAUAUAAUAUCAUUAGUUUUUCAGUUCUGCAAUAACGAGAUUCUCGUAAUUGCUUCGUUAAAAAAAGAAAAACGAGAAAAGUGUGAAUUUAAUUCAAAGCAUAGCAAAACAAAGUGUCCACAUAAUUAAUUAAUUGUAAUUUGAUACGAAGGCUAUAGGCACAAAAAACAAUUUCAUAGUGAAUGGUAUGAAUAGACGAACAUGUGAACAGAAAAAGCUGUGACAUUUAAUCAGAAUAAAAACACCUAUUGUGCUGAUGGGCAAACGGACAAAUGACUAUUAUACAUAUCAGAUAUCAAACAAUGACACAGAUAAAAUAGUUUCAAAUAUCUUACUCCACAUGUUGAUUUUCUAUUUUCACGCUAAAAAUUCUGUACCAUCAAAUGGGUGUCUGAAAAUUGUGUGAUGUCAACCCUUGCGACCAGUUAUAAUCAAAACAUUUAAGAAAUCGUAUAGAAACUUUUGAGCCUAAAAUAAAGUAGAAAGAGAAAAUUAUAAAAAGUGGAAAAUGACAAAUUUGUGCUGAAAAAAAGAAAGAAAUGUCUUGCAUGAAUACAGAAAACUGAUCACAAAUUAUGUACUGCUUUUAAUCCGCGGUCAAGAAGGAACAAUGGGCAAAGAAAAAGAAAAUUCAUCAGAGUGAUUAAUACAUGAAAAUCAAUUAAGUGUUUUGGACAAGCAAACAAUAGUGACUGGUCAAUUGGGAGUCCCUAAGACUGGCCAAUACAAAUUAUUGGACAACAUAUGUGCCGACAGCAGUCAGUGUGCUCGUAAUAGCUUUAUGAAAUGCCCAUAAAAGCCAGGGAGAGGGAAGCUGAGGCAGUACAAACAUCAGUGGCUCCGCAGCAAGGGCACCUUCUUGAUUUAUCUACCAUUCUGAGGACUGCUCUCUGUGAGGAUUAAAUUGGAUUAUGAAUCCAUUCUGUGCGUAUAAUGAUUAAAAAGCUGGGAUUAUACAAAGAAUACAAGAGAAACUUCAGAUGAAAGUAAAUGAGUUAAAUUUAAAGGAAUGUCAGUGGACAAGUGACAAAGGCUGAUAAUAAGUCAUAUAUAAUGCAUAUUUGCAUCAUUGAUAUACCAUACAGAAUUUAUUGAAUUUUUUAAGGAGAUAUUUUUUCACUAAGUAGCUCCUUAUAACAUUUUGUCGGAAUUUGAAAGACAAGAAAAUUGCAGUUCUCAUCAAAUUAACGUCGGAUUAAGGAAAGAAAGCAGGAAUAAUAGCGGGAAUAUUUAAGAUGAUUGUCACGAAAUUUGUACUUAGUCCAAUUUAAUCAUAUAGUGAAUGCAAAACAUCAAAAAACAAUACAGAAAAAAAACAUUAGUGAAAAUGUCAGCAAGACAAUUAAAUAAUAAAUGUAACAUUUUAUAAUUAAACAAGAAAAAAAAAAUAUUAAAGAAAAAAAAAAAGAUAAUAGCAAAAUUUUUGGCAACAUGACAACCAUGGUUUUACCUUUGGUAAAUGCGACAGUGAUGUCGAUACUUAACACUACCAUAGAAAAACAGGACGGGUUGACUUCUAUGAGUUUGUUUUCGCGCAGAUAUGGAGAGGUACAUGGCUAUGUGAGUAAUAUUGUGUGCAUCUUUGGCGUUAUAUCUAACAUUCUGAAUGUGAUAGUAUUAACCAGACGUCACAUGAUAACUCCGACUAACUGCAUACUGACCGCGUUGGCCAUUGCAGAUUUUCUGACCAUGCUGACGUAUCUUGUAUACGCGACUUACUUUUAUAUCUACAAACAACCUCAAAUAGAGAGGAAUCAUUCGCAAGGGUGGAUGUACUUUGUAGUUGUGCACAAUCACUUCAUAAUAACAUGUCACAACAUGGCGAUGUGGUUCACAGUGUCCCUAGCGGUGUUCCGCUACAUAUUCGUGUGUCAUCACGUGAUCGGAAACCGGCUGUGCAGUCUUCAGCGAGCAAUACUGACCAUAACAAUCAUCGUGAUUGCCACCAUAAUUGUGUGCAUACCAAACUACUUUUUGUACCGUGUCAUAAAACUAUCAGAUGAGGGAAUAAACAUGAGUGGCUACUGGAUUGUCGACUCACAUCUGGUGGCACAACACAACUUCUACAAGGUUUCAAUUUUCUGGUUCUUUGGGGUCAUAAUGAAGGUGGCGCCAUGCAUUCUUCUGACGUUGCUAAGCAGUAUGAUCAUUCUGACGAUGCACCAGGCCAGCAAGCGUAGAGUUCGUCUGCUACAGCAGACCCGAUCCUCGGAUCACGAUGUCAACCACGAGCACAACAGAACCACCUGGAUGCUUGUCUCGGUCGUCUUGUUCUUUGUGAUAACGGAGAUGCCCCAGGGCAUUCUUGCAAUGGUGAGUGGACUCAACCAAUAUUUCUUCGUCGAGGUCUAUGGUAAUCUUGGUGAUGUCAUGGAUCUUCUAGUGUUGCUCAACUCUGCCGUGAAUUUCGUGCUUUACUGUAUCAUGAGUCAGCAGUUUAGGGACACCUUUAAAAACCUGUUUGUCAUCAACUUUAGAUGCCGUCAUACACAGUAUGGGAAAGUGAACGGACACCAUCAUAAUGGGGUGCACCAUCAUAAAUCAAACAAUACUGAAGUUACCAUGCUUUAAACAUUACUACGCUACUUGCAGCUGAGUGUGCCAAUCAAAAUCAAAUUUUGAUAACUUUUAAAGGCUCUAUUAAUUACCAUUUAUUUAGUGUGUAUAAAAUUGUUAUUCUGCAUGGAUAAUUCAAAAGUGCGAAUUAAUACGAAAGGUAACAAUUUACAUGAUACAUCUGUACUGUUAUUGGCUUGAUCAACAUCAUUAUUAUUAUGCCAUAUUAAAGAAAUUUAAUAAACACACAGGAAUAAUUCAAAAUUUCAGCACAGGUUUUUGCUGGGUCUUAAUGUAUCAAGGGCAUAAUUUCAUUUACUUAAUAUUGUUAUCUAAUUUUUAAAGUUAUGUAUUUUUUUUUUAAAUGUUAUUGAUUCCAAAAUUGUUCAGAACUAAUAAUUAAAAUAUUUAAUAUUAAAAUGUAAAAUAAUUUCUAAGCCUUACAUUAUACAUAUUAAAAUAAUUUAUCUGAUUAUAAUUAUUACUGACUGGGGUAUUAUAAUUUUGUUGUUGUACUUGUUUUGUUUUCAUAACUAAUUGUGUAUACAAUAGAAUUUAUAAGUUGAUCAUUAUUAUUUGCCAAAAAAGUUGUUGUUUAAAUUUAGUAUUUUGUGACAAGAUACUUCAUUAUGCUUGAUGUUGCUAGGUUAAACAACUAUUUAAUAUGUUAACCUUUAAACAAAGCUUAUCAUGCAUUCUCAUCAAAUAAAAAUAAGAAUAAAUUGUAUUUCUUUUAACACAAUACUUGUAAUACCCCUAUUUUUAAUUAUAACAAAUCACCAUCAUUAAACUUAUAAUUUUGUUCUGAUUAAAGAAAAACAAACCACAGAAAAAAAUACACUAAUAGAUUCACUAAAUGUUUUGUAUGGUUCAUGAUUAAAGGAAGUCACAUGAAACACUCAGGUUAGACAUUUUCAUUUUCUGCAAAUGGCAUAGUUAGAAUAUAAUUAGCUUAAUAUAUUGCUUAACUUUGCGACUUCCUCGUUAUGGAUUCAAUUCCUUCCUGUUAGUACUACAAAUCCUGAAAGAUUUUAAUAAUUGUCAGUUUAUCUCAACAAGACAUUAAGUGUGAAUUGGAUUUCAUUACAACAAACAUUCUUAAAUAUCAUUUAAAUAUCUUGUCUUUAAUUGUUAUAAAUAAAAUCAAAGUCACUGCACUGUUACAAGCAUUCUUAGUGUCAAUAAUAAAAGUUGAGACAAAGUCAGUGAGGUUAAGAUUAGUGUUGAAGUGAAAUGAGGCAUGGAUCUUGCUCUGUGAUCAAGUUUUAUACUAGGUAUUAAUUUUCAAAUUAAAAUUUGAUUUUCAUAUAUAAUGUUUUAUUAUAUCUCUGUGAUAAGGACCAAAAAGUAAUUCUUGUUUUUCUGCAUUAAUCCAUAAAUGCAUCCAGAAAAUUGCUAUCAGUUUAAAUGUGCAUCAUGAACUUUAUAAUAAAUUAUUUCCCAAUAGUGGCUGAUUUUUUUCAAAUUAUUACACAAAAUUAUUGUAUGUGUCUUAGAAACAAAUAAAAUUCGCAUACAUACUACAGCAUUGCACCAAAGUCACACCAUUCAUUAAAUAAUUCGUUGUUUUCUGAAAAUACUGUUACUCAAUUAAUUUUCCCUUCUGCAAUUUGCAUCCCACGGACUGCAUUACCUAUACCAACAAUAUGAAAUGUAUCUCUCAACAAAAUGCAGUUGUGAUUUAUUUGUUAGAAUGGAUAAACAGGCCUGAAAGCUGCCAAAAAUUCUGGCAUUUACAGGUGAAAUAAAAUUUUCUUUACAGUUAAAAAAACACAUUUGCUGAUUUAACUGUUGAAGUCAUGCCCAACUCGCUAGCUAUUUAUUUACUGCAGCAUAGUUAUAAGAUAAAUGCCUGUAAGCUUUUAGCUGGAAUUAUUGUCAAUUCAAUGGAUAGCAGAUUUGUUUUUAACAUAUCACCCCUUUUAAAUGUACAAUCAUAAAUCCUUACUGCUGCAGUGCUUGUUCCUAUCAAAUUAUGCAAAUUACACUCUGAUUCAAACACACUAUACGUAUCAUUAUAUGUACUUUGUUUUGCUCUUUCAAUAGUGCUUCAGUAUUGUUGUAUAUACGGAAAACUUCAAGAAAUGACAACAGUGUUGUUCACACUUGUAUAAAGCUCAUACCUCACUCACACUAUGGGGUAUCACUUAGUCUCACAAUGUCUUUCUGUGGUUAAUUACCUUGUAUAAUAAUACAUUUUUUGUGAGUUAAAUUGUUAUGUUCUCAUGGAUCUAAAAGCAUGUUAAGUUCUUUGUGUUUCAGGUUUGACCCAACCCUAACAAUGCCCAACCAUUUUGAGAACAUUGCAUAUAAAAUGUUGGUUGUUUGAUAUUUUUGUUGUAUUACAAAUUUUUCAAUCAUAAAAAAGUAUUAUUCUUUAGAUAACAUCUGUUUGAAACUGAAUAUUAAAGAAUUAUUAAUACUUAAUCCUUUACCACUAAGAUACGUAUUUUGAAGCAUUUGUGGUCCCUUAGAAUUUGUUACAUUUAAUUAAAUACCUUUUUUACUAGAUUCAAGUUUUAAAGGCUUCAUUCCCAACCCUCAGAUACUGAUGAGCACCAAACAGCAUAAAACCUGAACAGAGUGCUGCAAGUAAAGGUUACUUCCAGGCUGUUCUGCUUUUAUGCUGUUUGCACAUAGCCAUUUUCACUUAGCUUCUGAGUGGGAAAGAAUAAACCCUUUCAGUGCGGGAAACGAAUUUUGAAGGCCUUUGAAAACCGUUUGGAUCCAGAUGAGACGCCACAGAACGUGGCGUCUCAUCUGGAUCCAAACUGUUUGCUAUUCUGAUAGUAUUCUUUGAAAAAAAUCGAAGAAAAUGCUAAUUUUAGAAAUUCAGCAGACGACAUUUAAGCAGACAACAAAUUUCCCAGCAUGCAAAGGGUUAAAGCAUACAUGCCAUACGUCCCGGAUUGUCCGGGACAGUCCCGGAAAUGAAGAACUUGUCCCGCUGUCCCGGAAAUCUGUCAAAUGUCCCGGAAAUUUACAAAAUCCAUAGAUACAUGUACCUUAUCUUAGGCAUAACUGCACCUCGAAUCUGUGUAUAUCUGCAGCGUCUCCAUGACAAUGCCUACCCAAAUAGGCAGACUACCCUACGUGUCAAAAUCGAUCAAUUAACAGGGGUCCUGUAAUCAUAUCGAUUGUCUCACGUUCGCGGUCAAACCGAAAAGGCGGCAUUGUUUAAUGUGGUUGUUAAUUGACUUUAAUCUACUUCGUCAUUAUAUCCCGCUGCGUAAGGGCAAAGGAUAGUUGUUCACACAUCUGAAGUCCAACAUCGCUGAGUAAAAAAUUAAAAGCAGUUUAUGUUUGCACGCUUAACCGAAAAAGAAGUUGAGUAAACAAGUAAGCAUAUAAAAACGUCAACCUAAAUUAAUUAUAUAAAUGUUAUAAAUGAAUAAAGGCGUAUCAACAACUACACGUUACACACCGGUCUUAAUAACAAUAACGCAGUGACGUCACCAUCUAUGUUUAGAACGCUUACACUGAAAACACGUGGCUUGUAUCUAGUAACGGAAGUAGUAAUGUUUAAUUUGACGUUAAUAGAUCAAGUGUAUUUUGGAUAGGUUUUCGAACUUUUGCAAUUAACGAUGCGAAACAAAAAAAACGUACCAAAAAUGCAUAUGUCUAUAAAUAUCGCUACAUUUUAUACAUGUCCCGGAAAAUCGGCAAAAGUCCCGGACAAUUGAACUCAAUGUCCCGGAAUUGGUCUGAAAAAUUAUGGCAUGUAUGGUUAAAGGUUUAGAACUUUUGUUGAGUCAAAUAAUCUGAAACUUGAACCCAUACUACACAAAUCCCUAUCUUUGUAAACUACCUAAAUUGUGUCUCAUGUAAACUUAAAAAAACAAACAUAUUUAGUUACUUUCUAUGUCUAAGGUAAUUUUUUCCGAAGAUAGACAAAUUAGUUAAAUUUAUGGAACUUAAUGCAAAAAAAACACUCACAUUUUUUUCUUUAAAUGUCAUAUGGCUUGAGUUAUUGCUGUUUGUACGCAAUAUAUACCAAUUAUAAUGUUUAAAUGUAAAUAAUGGACAGGUAAAUAUUAUAAUUAUCUACAAUUUUAUUUUCAAUGUUCGCGAAAAAUUGGGAAAUUAACCUUCAGCAAAAUAACAAAUUACAUUUUACCUAUGUUUUUUUAAAAUCUUUAUUAAAAAGUUAACCAUUAUUUAAAACUUACUUGGAUUAUUUAUAUAUUUAUAUAUUUUCUAGCUUUAUUAACAACACAAAUAUGGCACAUUUGACCAUUUAAGUGAUUUACUGAGAUAUAAAGCUUCAAACAAAGGACUUCAUAUUCUCAGGAAAUCUACUCGCUAUUAAAUAGAAAAACACAUAAUGAAUUAAUUAUUGUAGCGAUUUAUCUCUUUAUGACAAAUUUUGAGAACCUUUUUAAACAACAUAUUGACUGACAUUAAUAUUUACAUAAACAUUUUAUUUUCCUAUAACAUAGAGAGUAAAUUGAAUGUAUGACAAAAUCAUUCACUAAACUUAAUUUUAAGUUAAUAAUAGUGCUGGUAUUUGUUACUCAGCUGCCUUUUGAAGGAACCUCUGAGAUACAAUUACCAACCAGUGAAUCUUAGAUUGUAAAGACUUAAAAAUUAAACUGUUUUAUGCUAAAAAAUGGCUCUGUUGAUUUUAUUUGUAAUUGAAAUCACAGAUCCAAUUACUGAAUUUAAUUAUAUUCUGUUUAUCAUAGUCUUUUUGACAAAAUCAAGCAUAUUUCCAUUAACAAACAAUAUUUCAAGGGUUUACUGUGAAACUGUUGUGCAUGUUUCACAUUUCUGUAUAAGAUUCAACAGUUCGCGCUAAACCCUCGAUAUUUAUUGUGAAGUGUAAGAUAAUGAUUCUUUAAAUUUAAGUCUAAGAGUUUGUUCAUGACUACGGGCAUGCAUGUUCUAUAUGUUUGAGUGCAUGCGGGGCAAUGGUGUGUUGAGUCUUUUAGUGCCAUGAUUAUCUGUUAUCAUCGUUAUUACGAAACAAUAAAUUUCAAGCUGA